CUGGAUCACGUGUCCCAACCCUAGGUACGUACGUCGUAGUUUCUUUUCCCUUCUCUUUCAGCCGAGAUCGAUUCGUAAUAAACAAGAACUAGGGGGCCAUUGUCGCUCCCCCGCCCUGGUGGCCAAUAUCACAUUUACAACGAGCACCUAAGAGAGAAGUUCCACCUCACUUCAGUUGGCAUCAAAGGGUACCUAAAUCUCAUAUUAAUUAUUUAUUUACGUGUUCCACUGGUGAGCUUGCUGUUUGUUGUCGAUUUCUUCUGCCACAUCUGCUGGAUCAAGUGCACGGUUUCUUUACUGAUGCCUGAAUCACACCUAACGACAAGAGACACAAACUGAUGGAUUGAGUGGCCUGGAAGUCAGGCAGCAUCGCAGACCUGCCUCUAUGGCCCACCCAUAACUCCGUAAACAUCCAAACUGCAACUGUACAGAAAAAGUCUUGUAGUCUACCCAGCUUCUUGGCUUAAGCCAUGGCUAGCAAGCGAAAGUCGACCAUUCCUUGCAUGAUCCCGGUGAAGACCAUUCAUUUGAGGGAUGACCUUGAGCAAGACCUGUCUUGCCUGACUAAGGACAGUGCCUACCCAUCCAGGGAGGACAUGUACAGUCAGGGUUACUUUGACCUUGGCGAGUCUUCCAGGCACGACUCGGGUGACGCCCUGAAAGAUGGGGGCACUUACACCUGCAGGCCGUGCAACUUUGAAACCCUGGACCUGAACCUCUUCCUGGAUCAUGUUUACAGCGGCCAUCCGGAGUUCCGGUCGGACCCCAGCUUCCACUGUGUGGACUGCGGGGUGACUGCGGCCAAGUUCGAGGGCCUGGCCCUGCACAAUGCGCGGGUUCACCCGAGCACAGUCACCACGACGCUGCAGCUGAGGAAGCGGGACCGGAAGGUCAUCGUGGAGCAGAGUAUCAUCCUGGGCCCCGGUGACAGCCUCAUCUCCAAGGAGUCUGAGAUCUCCAUCACCAAGACGCCCAUCAUGAAGAUGCUGAGGGGAAAAUCGGAGCAUCCUAAGAGGAUAGUGGUUUCACACUCCAUGGCGGACGACUCGAGGCUGGAGGCCGCGUCCAAGCCAGCCGAGAAGAAAGACCCCCCUACCAUAACUGUUACACAUGUGCCCACUAUCGUCCACAACGGUUCAACUAGCAAAGUGACAUUACCGUCCGCCAUACAGAUCGUCAAUGGUUCCGGAGCACUUCCUAUUCUCAAGACCGCCGUCACGCAGGUGGUGUCGGUGGUCCAGAACCGGAACUACCAUCAUCAAUCUGCGCCCAUCACCGUCUCCUCCUCACCCGCCUCCUCCUGCAUCUCCGUCUCCAGCUCCAAAAACAUGCCCAAGGUCAUGAUCCCUCUCAGCAGCAUUCCCACGUACAAUGCUGCCAUGGACAACAGCAGCUUCCUCAAGACGUCCUUCAGUAAGUUCCCCUACCCAACUAAAGCAGAGCUCUGCUACCUGACCGUGGUCACCAAGUACCCCGAAGAGCAGAUAAAGAUAUGGUUCACGGCUCAGAGGCUGAAGCAAGGUAUUAGCUGGUCGCCCGAGGAGAUCGAGGACGCUCGGAGGAAGAUGUUCAACACGAUCAUACAGACAGCGCCCUCAUCGGGUCAGCACCAUCAACAGCAGCACAUAGCACGCCAUACCCACCACAGCGCAGCCCAUCAAACCAUCACAGUCCUGCCCGCCUCCCUGGGCGCCACCGGCAUCCCCCACAUCCUCCAGGGCAGCCUGAUGAGCCAGGGAGGGGUGAUCGUCACGCAGCCCAUGAUGGCCAACGGCAUCCAGGUCAGCAGCGCUCCAAUGGCCUUGGCCGUCACUCCCAAGCACCAGAGCGCCACCAAGCCGAUGAUGCAGGCCAGGCCUGCCGCCGCCCUAGUGGCCGAUAAAGGAGUCAGUAUGGUGGUGGGCACAGUGGGAAGCAGCAGCAGUCUGAAUUACACGAUCACCAGCAGUAACGGCGGUGGGAGCAGCAGUAGCUCCAGCAGCUCUAGCAGCAUCAUAAGUAGCGCAAGCAGCAGAAGUUUCAACAGUAGCAGUGUGAGUAGCAGCCAGACUAGUGUGAUUAGCACUGGUGCAGGCACCACCACCGGCGGCAAUGGCAAAACUAGCAGCAACAUUAACAGUAAUACCAGUAACGCAACUAAAAUCAAUAACACCAACAAAAGCACUGAAAACAGCAAAAGCCCAGCAAAUGGCAAAAGCCCUGCACCCAGCACCACAAAAACCAAAACCAACCAGGAUGCCAAGAUGGGCAACAAUGGUAAGGACAGCAGCAGCAGCAGCAGCAGCACUGUGAAGAGUACAAAUGAUGGCAAAGCCUCUCCUGACAUAAAAUCUAGCACUGACAGCAAAAACAGUACUGACGCCAAGACCGACCGUAAGGCUGACGGCAAAAGCAAUGGUACCAGCCCCACCAUCAAUGCCAUCACCACAAACACCAACUCAAACAGCACCUGUGCCACAACCGCAAACACGGCAACAUCCACUACAGUCACCACCAAUAGUGGUAGCAGCAGCAGCAGCAGCAAGAAAGGAGAGACAACAGCAGCAGCAUCGUCACCAACCCCCAGCUCCCGCACCCUCCCCAGCACCAGUUUCCUGGAUCCCAAUUUCAAGCAAAACAAGAAGUCCCAGGAGCAACUUUCUGCCCUGAAGCAGAGUUUCCUCAACAACCAGUUCCCCAACCAGGACGAAGUUAACCGGCUCACCAGCCUGACGGGCCUAUCCGUGCGCGAGGUGCGCAAGUGGUUUAGUGACCGGCGCUACCACUUCCGAAACCUAAAAGGCCCGCGGACGAGCACGGGGGGUCAAGCUUCGGCCACAGAUAAAAAUGCCUCCCCUGCUCCUGCGUCCUCAGAUGCGGCAUCAUCCGCAGACAGACCCAAAACACCCCCGCCGUCACCGGUAAGCCCUCAACAGCAGCAGCAGCAGCAGACCACGUCCCCCACCACGCCGUCACGGCGACCACCUCGGCCCCCGUCCCCCGAUUUCACGGCCAUCCGGUAUAAAGAGCGCGAGCCCCAUCAGCUGGUCGCCCUUGAGGCCAGUUUUGCACAGGAUCCCGAACCCUCCUCUGAGCAGGUGGACCGGCUGAGGCAGGAGACCAAAAUGACACGGCGGGAGAUCCACGGUUGGUUUGCGGAGCGACGGAAAAGAGCUGCUGCCGAGAAGAAGAAGGAGGAUGCGGAAAAGGCCGAGAAGGAGGAGGCAGAGGCCGCCGUCGGCGGCGGCGAGGACGGGGAGAAGAGUGAACCCGUGAAGGAGCAAUCCGAGGAAAAGAUGAGCACUGAUGAGCAAUCGGGAGACGCGUCGUCUCAACAAGGAAAAGAUGAGAAACAGAAAGAGGAUUCCCCUAAAGUCAACCCCAUCAAGAUUAAUCUAAAAAUGCUCAAAGUGACUGAAUCCAACGGGAAAGACGGUGAGGGCAACCCGUCGGUCCAGACUGAUCAUCCAAAAACAGCCAUUCCGGCUGCCCCAACAUCGCCAAUCCCUAUUCCCUCGACCCCGUACCGCGGCAAGAAAACAGCCGACCAGCUUCACGCGCUGAAGCAGGCCUUUGCUCGCACCCAGUGGCCAGGCAGCCCGCAGUACGACGAGCUGAUGGCUAGAACAGGCCUCCCGAGACCCGAGGUAGUGCGCUGGUUCGGCGACUGUCGCUACGUCCUCAAAAACGGGCAGCUGAAGUGGCUCGAGAGCUACCAGGCCAUAGUGGAGGAGGAGGACUUCCAGAAGGCCAACCUGGAGGCGCUGAAGGAGCACCUGGAGGCGCACGGGAAGCUGGAGGAGACCCAGGCGAAGGAGCUGGCUAAGGCCAGCAGCCUGACAGAAGACCUUGUUCGCCGGUGGUUCACCAACAAGGCCCCACUGCUGCUGCUGGCGGCCAAGGAGGGAGAGAAGGAAGGCGGGACGGCGGCGGCGCCAGAGAAGGAAGGCGGGGCGACGGCGACGAGGUGGAGGUGGAGGUGA